AUGUCCACCUCAUCAAGACUCGAACAAAAACCCAAUGAAGAUAAACCCUACAUCUUCAUCAACUCUCUUUCUCCAAUUUUUCCAUCUCAGGUAGAAGUACAAGUGAACACAACCCACACUUCUCCGCAACCUUUUUUCAAAGUUCCCUUUCCACCCACGUUCUCCAUCGAUGAUUUGAUCUCUAAUCCACUGUCACGUAAAAGUAAGGGUAACAAGAAGCCGCCGGAGAAGCCACCGAACGCAUUUAUUAUUUAUCGUCGCGCAUUUGUUAAAGCUGCGAGAGAAGAGGGGUAUCGACUGCCGAUGACUAUGAUUUCGAGCAUGGCCUCAAAAUCUUGGAAUCUUGAACCUGAAGAAGUUAAGAAAGCGUAUAAGUGUGUUGCGAAAAAUGCUAGGAAAGAGUAUAAGAUUCAAGCUUAUAACAAACUUCAAGCGUCGGGGAAUCGUGGUAAUGCGAGAUUCGAUAACGAAGUAGUAGAAGAAGGCAAAUUGACCACCAUCUCUUCACUUGAAAUAAGAAAGGGGCAAACUGGAGAAGAUAUUGUAGAGAAGGAGGAGGUAAACUUAUUAUUAUUUACUCCACCUCCGCCUUUUCAAAUGACGCCCGUGACUCUGCCUUCUGAUCAAUCAUCAGUAGUACUUGAUUUCGAUCAAGACAGUAAUAAUACAAUUGCCCAAUAUACUAACACCAAUGCCACCACGGCAGAAACUAUCAGUGACGAGUAUUCCAAAGAAAUAUCAAGCAAUAUGUUCAAAAAUACUUACUGCACGCCAUUUAAUUUCGAUUUGAACAAUUUCUUGUGA